CAUAGGUGUUCGGAUAUCUACCCCGUACCUGGCAUGGGGUGCAGGGCACCUGAAACCCAAAAUUCCUCACGCAGGUGAAGGGAGAAGAGCCUGAGAGAGAGAUGGCGGGAACACCCCUUCCCCCACCGAACGUUGGUGUUGGGAUGGGGGUUGAAGGAGCACCACCGACGGCGCCACCACCUCCCGGGACUGACAUGACGGGGAUCUGCUUCAGGGACCAGCUGUGGCUCAACACUUUCCCUCUUGACCGCAACCUCGUCUUCGACUACUUCGCCCUCUCCCCCUUCUAUGACUGGUCCUGCAACAACGAACAACUACGCAUGCGGUCCAUCCACCCGCUGGACCUUUCCCAGCUUACAAAUAUGACUGGCACGGAGUACGUGUUGAGUGAAGUUUUGGAACCCCAUCUCUUUGUCAUCCGAAAGCAGAAGAGAGAUAGCCCUGAGAAAGUCACCCCGAUGCUCAGUUACUACAUCCUAGACGGUUCAAUAUACCAAGCACCACAGCUUUGUAACGUCUUUUCUUCGCGGAUUGCACGGGCGCUUUAUCACAUACAAAAGGCAUUCUCAAUUGCUGCAUCAAAAUUGGAAAAGAUCGGACAUGUUGAUUCUGAAAAUGACAGCGCCAUUGUGGAGCCAAGAACCACCGGGAAAGAUGCCAUUGACUUGAAGGAAGUUAAACGUGUUGAUCACAUUCUUGGAUCUUUGCUGCGGAAGCUGCCUCCGGCACCUCCUCCACCCCCAUUUCCUGAAGGAUACACUCCACCACAAGCCUCCGAUGCAGAAAAAGGCUCUGAAGCACAGCAGUCGUCGGAUUCACAGUAUCCUCGUGACCCAAUAAUUGAUGAAGGGCCAUCCAAGAGACCAAGACUAGAAAAGUAGAACCACAAAGGCUGUCCCAAAUGCCCAAGAUCGAAAAGUGAAGCCCUUUAUUCAUUCUAUAGCAAUUCAUUCAGGCUGAUUUUGAUCAGGCAGGUGUUUAAGGAGACAUGGGUCAGCAUGAACCGCUACCCAUCCCUCUGGUGCUUGUUUGGACCAUAGGCAUCUAGUGGAUUUUAAAAGCACUAACCAUUGACGUAGAAUGAAGUGUAACAAUGUUCAAGUUCGCUACAUUCAUUUGGAUCUCACUUACUUUUGGGUUUCUGUUGUUGGUUUGAGUAUGUACCCGAUAUUUGGACCCUUACAAAGCCAAUGUCUGACUCCGUGAGUUUAUGAUAUUUGUAAAUAAUGAAAAUUAGGAUGAGUUUUAAGUAA